GUAACCAUCAAACAUUAGCCAGAUAGGAAGCACAAUGAGUGUGGGUGAAGUUAUCUACACGUUGGUGGAGUUGCUCAUUGCUGUCAGCUGCUGUUUGGGUAAUUUGUUGGUUAUUCUGGCUCUGUGGACCAGUAAAAUCAUUCAACUGCCCACCUUCUGCCUGAUUGUCUCUCUGGCUGUUGCUGACUUUUUAGUUGGCUGUGUAGCCAUACCGUUGGCUGUGCUGGUGGACGGACGAGUGAAGACUUCAUUUCAUGGCUGUCUCUUCAUCAGCUGUGUGGUCAUCCUGUUGACCUUAGUCUCAGUUUUGUGUCUUGCGGCUAUUGCAGUGGACCGUUUCCUCCGGGUGUAUGUCCCUCUCAGGUACAAAGCGACUGUGACACAGAGACAUUCAUGGCUUGUGGUAGCAGCAUGUUGGUUUGUUGCAUUACCACUAAGCUUUGCUCCCAUGCUAGGGUGGUACAACCAUGAAACCUUCUCUUCAGUCAACUCUACCAUCGUCUGCGAGUUUAUGACAGUGAUUCCCUUGACAUACCUGGUUUACUUCAACUUUUUUCUCUGCACUUUGAUACCUCUGUUGGUGAUGACUGUACUGUACGGCUGUAUAUUCUUUACCAUUCGGGGAAACCUCAGAGGGAAACCAGGCAACAGUGCCCAGAAACAAUCUGAGAACUACCUAAAGAAAGAGAAACAGCUGGCAGGAUCUCUGUCCCUGGUAUUGGCCCUGUUUGCACUGUCCUGGCUUCCUCUCCAUAUAAUGAACUGCAUUGCUUACUUUAGUGGACAGAAAGAUUUUCCAGAGCCAGCUUUCCAUGUGGGCAUCCUGCUUUCUCAUGCUAACUCAGCUGUAAACCCAGUUGUGUAUGCGUUCAAAGUACAAAAGAUCAGGACUGCAUACUUGAAGCUCUGGAGAGAGUAUGUUGCAUGUGGAGAAGAAACUCAAGGACCACAGUCAAGCCAGACGACAGACAACAAUCUCAGCAGUAACAUUAACAGUGUGGCCAACGAUGACUAAAGGCAGAUUUCCUUCUUUUGUGUGCGUAUUCUUAAGGACCAAGUUUGAUUGACUCUUCAGUCUAAAACACUGUAAAACAUGUUGACAUCAUGUGAAAGGUAAACAAAGCUACUUACAGUAAUUUAUACUGAAAUCCGAAAACUACAUGCUAGUUGAUGUUGAGGAUAUUAGUGUUUACUGAUACAGUAAACAAAUGUAGGCAUGCACUGAGAAGGUCUAUUAUCUGUUAUUUUCAGGAACCCUGUGCGUGUUUGUGUGUCCACUAUGUGAGUGCAUGUGGCUGAGUAUGCAUGUGUCUGUGUGCAUUGCGAAAACUUUCUUUCAGAGGAAAAGGGCAGCUUUCACUUGUUUUAAAAGCUUUAGUUUUUACACAGAGUUUCAUAUCACUGUUGCUUUUCUGUUUCUGUUCAAGUUCCAGUUCUUCAUAUUCAUUUGAAUAGAAAUCUCACUGUCUUGGAAAGUACCAUCACUAUCUUAAAAAAAAAAAAACUAAUAAAUUUGGACAUCUGAAACAUGAUAUCAUAAUAUUAGGAAUAUGUGGAGACACUUAAAUGUGUGUUAACAGAUGUUAAAUCAGCUACAUAGUAUUUUUUUCAUCUGUACUUUGUUCUGCUGUUAGAUU